AUGGACGAGUUUGCAAAGUCCGUAAACAAGUUGGAGUUAGAUGCACUUACAAUUGCUAUGGCAGAAUUCCUAUUACUGAAAAAUGAAUGUCCGUAUACUAUCAUAGCUACCCACAACCAUAAAAUACUAAGGCAACUCCAAAUGUAUGGACCGCAAGUGCAGUACUUGACAAUGAGGACAGUACCUCACGAAGGAAGAGUGGUGUGUCUUUAUGAAGCAGUCAAUGGUUUGAAUUUAAGAAGCGAGGCAAUUAGUACAGCGAAUGCUAUAGGACUUCCGGAGAAAAUUACUGAGAGAGCAUUAAGUCUGAAAGACUUCUUGAGUACAAUACCCACUUCUCGUAUGAAGAACAGAAAUAAGAGACGGUUUUGA